AUGGCGGGCUUUCUAGGAUCGAACGUACCGGUCUGGGACGCCGCAACGCUCUACGACUCACUCGAGACACCUGUCUCGAAGAGGGACAUGCUAGUCAACAACAUUCCACUCGGUCAGAGCCUUGCAUCACAAUUCUCGAGCCGAAGCCCGGAGACGACGACCUCAAAAGACGACAAGCCCACACAGACCGUGGUCUUGAUGCGCCGCCACGGCUUCUCGGUGCAGGCAGAUAGCAUCGAGAUGGCCGUCUAUCGUGGCAUUUACACCAAGAUCAACGCCAAAGCCCAGACAGACGCCAUGGCUGUUGCGAGGAACUGGGAGGGCACGAUGGGCUCAAACGCGGACGGUGUCCAGGAGCUAGGAUUGACGCAGGAACUCGUCGUGGGCUGCACCGAGAUGAACGAGCGAUUUCAGUAA